AUGCAGACAAUUGCAACAGUUUGUAUGUUCUUGGCGGGAAAAGUUGAAGAAACCGUCAGACCUCUAAGGGAUGUCGUACUCCUUUCCUAUGAGAUCAUCAACAAAAAGGAUCCUGCUGCGUUUCAGCGAAUUAGGCAGAAGGAAGUGUAUGAACAACAGAAGGAACUUAUUUUACUUGGGGAACGUGUUGUUCUUGUAACACUUGGUUUUGAAUUGAACAUCGACCAUCGGUACAAGCCCUUGGUCGAAGCAAUAGGUAGAUUCAAGGUUGCUCAAAGUGCACUUGUUCAAGUUGCCUCGAACUUUGUCAAUGAUGGGCUCCGUACUUCACUUUGCCUACAAUUUAAGCCCCACCAAAUUGCGGCCGGUGCAAUAUUCAUGGCUGCGAAAUUUCUCAAAAUCAAGCUUCCAUCAGGUGGUGAGAAGGUCUGGUGGCAAGGGUUUGAUGUUACCCCACGGCACUUGGAAGAGAUUAGCAACCAAAUUUUGGAGCUCUACGAGCAAAAUAUUGUUGCGCCACCACCAUUGCAAGGAAAUGAUACUGACAGGAGCCCUGCUAGUGUUUCUAAUCAACGUACUGCUGGAAAAGCUCCAACUGCCCAUGAACCUCAAGCAUCCAGACAAUUGAGCCAUCAAAACGUGCCAGGCCACCAUGGCUAUGACCAUGCUCAUCCUGAGAAGCAACACCCAAACCAGAGGACACCUCGGAAUGAAGCAAGGGAUAGCAUUAUCAAUAGCAACGAUGGCCCCAAAAUAUCAUCCUCAAUGAUGGACGCAAUGAGGAAGAUAGACAAGGAUAAAGUGAAAGCAGCCCUGGAGAAGCGGAGGAAAUCUAAAGGUGAUGUUCCUAGAAAGGUUGACAUCAUGGAUGAUGAUCAUCUGAUCGAGAGGGAGCUGGAACAUGGUGUGGAGUUGGCUGCUGAAGGUGAGAAGAUCAAGCAGGAGAGAAGGCAAAGCUGGCCCCAUCCUGCACACAGGGAGGAUUCACUAAAGGCUGCUCACAUGAUUGAAAAUACAGAGGAGGGCGAGCUGUCCACUGACAAGCAAGGGCACCGCUCCCUAGACCGGAAAUGGAACUACGAUCGUGGUGAAAGGGACAUUAAAAGGCUAAGGUCAUGA